AUGGCAUUAAUUAAAACAUUCAUAUUCAUAGUCAUCAUCGGUCUAUUUUAUGUCACUUAUAUUUAUUUGAAUACUAUCCAUCAUAUUCCGGAUGAUGGAUUGAAUUCAUCUCUGUUAAACGGUUAUAAACGUCCAAAACAAGGGUACGUCGUUCGUGUUGAUCGUUUAGAGAAGAAUUGUGGAGAUAUACGAAAAAUUAUGGUUGAAAACUGUCUAAAAUAUCUUGAUAAUGAUGAAGACGAUUAUAUGAUUCCAUUUCCAACCGUAGAGGGCGCCUCACCACCACCUCCUUGCAAUCGUGAUCAUCCAUCAAUGCUCUUUCACGUCUUCUGGCAAGGCAACAUUACUGAUAAACUCGCUUUGUUGAUGAAAUCUUUUCUUUAUACUCAACCUCUUGAAUGUUCGACAUUAUAUGUCUGGCUCGAUAAUCUAAAUGAUACCAAUCUCAAUGACAAUAAAUAUAUUCGUCCUUUACUCAAAUAUUCUCCAACUCUUAUUGAGUUUAAACUCUGGAACAUGUCGGAAUUACUUUCAUCGAGUGAUGUAUACGCCGGCUGGCAGGAACCUGAUUAUUUUCUUAAAUCGGUUAAACUUAGUGACUUGGUCCGUUUCGUAGUUCUUCAUAAAUAUGGAGGUAUAUAUAUUGACUCCGAUGUUCUUCUUGUUCGUGACAUGCGUCCAUUAUACUACGCAAAUUUUGAAUUCUCUUAUCGUUGGAGUAUGAAAAAUGAAUAUAAUACCGCCGUUCUACGUCUUUGGAAACAGAGUUCAUCUUCUGAAAUGGUUAUUCGUGGUGCUAUAAAAAAUAACAUGGACUUUCAUCCUUUUAAUAUUAGAAAAUACCUGUCUACAUAUGAAAAUUCUUCUGUUCAGGAAACUAACAAACUUAUUUACAUGCUUCCAUCUGCAUUAUUUGAUCCUUUAUGGUUGAAACGAGAUCGUAUACAAACAAAAUCAGUAUUAUCUCCAAAUUUUCGUAAAUUUGAUGACUUUUUUAAUUCUAGUAUAAUCCCUGAUGAAAUUCCUGGUCUUGACCCAACAACAUUUGAUGGCUCACCUUUGGAUAUCCGCAAUAUAGAUAACUUCUUUCGCGGUAUUUUUACUUACCAUUGGCAUAAUCAAUGGAAAACCAAAAUUCAUCCAACAUCUUGGAUUGGCAUUAUACAAACAGCUUAUGAUGAAUUUUUGAGUGGUAAACAAAAAAAUUUAUAUAAUGAAUAUAUCUUACGUUUGUAA